UUGAGGGCGUGGCCGGCGGAAGGAGAACAGCGCGGCGGUGCUGCGGCUUGGUCCGUGCGCUGCCCCGGCCGAGCGAGGGGCGGCGGCCCUCGGCGGGAGCAUCCGCGGGGAUGAAGGACCGGCUGGCGGACCUGGCGGAGCAUAAAGGAAAUGAAGAUGGGGAGACAGUUAUUAUUGAAAAAGACCAUUUUAUGGAUGACUUUUUCCAACAGGUUGAGGAACUUAGAAAUAAUAUAGCAAAAAUAGCAGAAAAUGUGGAAGAAGUGAAGAAGCAGCACAGCAUUAUCUUGUCAGCACCCAAUCCUGAAGGAAGAACAAAGGAAGAACUUGAAGAAUUAAAUGAGGAAAUUAAGAAGAUUGCUAAUAAAGUCCGAGCUAGGUUAAAGGUCAUUGAACAAAGUUUUAAUCAGGGCGAAAAUGCUAGUCGGACAUCAGUGGACCUCAGGAUAAGGAAAACACAGCACUCUGUAUUAGCUCACAAGUUUGUGGAGGUCAUGACGGAAUACAACGAAACCCAAACUCUGUUUCGAGAACGCAGCAAAGGUCGGAUCCAGAGGCAAUUAGAGAUAACUGGGAAGACCACCACUGAUGAGGAACUGGAAGAGAUGUUAGAGAGUGGUAAUCCUUCAAUUUUCACAUCUGAUAUUAUAUCAGACUCUCAAAUAACAAGGCAAGCUCUGAAUGAAAUUGAAUCACGUCACAAGGAUAUUAUGAAACUAGAAUCCAGCAUACGGGAGCUCCAUGAAAUGUUUAUGGACAUGGCGAUGUUUGUUGAGACUCAGGGGGAUAUGAUCAACAACAUAGAAAAGAACGUGAUGAAUGCAUCAGAUUACGUGGAACAUGCAAAAGAAGAGACAAAAAAAGCAGUUAAAUAUCAAAGUAAAGCACGAAGGAAAAUGUGGAUAAUUAUCAUUGUGUUAUUGGUGUUGAUUGUCAUAAUUGGCCUAUUGAUCGGCUUGUCUGUUGGUAUUCGGUGAUGCUUGGAUAACCACAGCAUGCAUGACUUCCUGCCAGUGUGGCAAAAUUGAUGUUCAUAAUUAUAUGUGUAACUGUAUUGCUUCUGAUACUUGGAAUUAUCCUAGCAACAACACUAUGAUAGCAAGCACAUUCCAAGAGUUAUGAACCUUCUGAACCUCCAAAAUACACCUUCAGUAAAACCAGACUUUUUUAAUAAAUGAUGCCUUACACUGCCAUGAUGAUGACCUACUGCUAAUGGUUAAAAGUUAAAACAAAAUCACUGUUAAUGUUUACUCAGAAAUGAAGAUCAGAAUAUGUUAGGAUAUGUAUGGCUUUUCAUCAUAAACUAUACAUUUGUAAGACUGAAACGUGCUCUUAAUUACUUCGAAAUAAAGUAACUUAGGAUUUUUUUUUUUGACAUCAGUGUUACAGACAGUUUAAAUAGGGAGUUGAAAGACUAUUAGAGUUUUGACUGUUUGGCGCUUUUUUUUUUUCCCUAUUGCUAAUAUGAUUCUAAUCACAAUUUUAAUACCUUGCCAGUGCUGCUUUUUUUUAGCACUCUUACAAACAUUUUUAUGGUAUGUAGCCUUGUCUUUUAAGUGUAUUAAUUAUUUAGUCACCUUAACCUAUCUAAGCUUUAUACUUAAAUUUUUUUCUUCAACAAGUGCUAAAAUAUUUUAUCCGGAAAAGACUACUUAUUUAACUGUCUGCUUGUUGCAUUACACUUGAGAAGAAGAAGAAAAGCUUUU